UGAACGCUUCGAAUUUACCCGUUUUCGGCGGUGUCAUCCGUGAUAUUUUUCUCCGUAAUCGGAGGACAUGGGAGAUGAUGAAAAGAAAAAGAAGGAAGACGGCAAAGAGGAGGAUCAGGAUGACCGAUUGGAGUUUUUAUUAACCUAUCUCACAAAGUCCUAUCGAUUGAAACAAGAGAAGUGGAAUAAAAUGAUUGCUAUUGAGGAGAAUAAGAAAAUAAUAAUGAAAUUCUUCAACGAUAUAAAUGAAAAAAUGUUGAUCCUGACAAUACCGAGCACUGGGCUUCUCACUCCUUUGACCCAGUUUAAUAAUACCAUCAAACAAAAAUUUACAUAUUUUAUUCGUAAGAAGAAAGAAGAAGUGACAAUGGAGAAUUUUAGGAGUGUACUCAGUUUUGGAGAUAUGGGUGGUAAACCGGUUGAAGAACUGGCUGUUCUUAUGGAAGGAGUUUUCGUCCCAGUCCUCUCCAAUCCACAUAAUCAGAAAGGAUGGCCGAGAGUGGUUGCUGAAGAUGUUGUUUCCCAUGUUAGGAAUUUCAAAAGUUCAAUCGAUCAGGUACGAGGAGCUAUGAAAAGUCAAACCGUCCUUCCGAUGCCCCAAGGAAUAUCAAUGAUCUUCCAUGCCGUUCAACAAUUUGGUGAUUCAGACGGAGAAAUGAUCGAUUAUCAAUUGAAAUCCUCACUCGAGAAUGCAGUUAUGAAGUGGUCAACACUUUGUGGAGAUGUCUUGAAACAAUCUUCCACGAUAUCGUUCGCUAAUGGUGCCAACCCUACCCCCAGAAAUGAAAUCGAUUUUUGGACGGCUAGAAUGAAAAAUCUGGAAUCGAUAUAUGAUCAACUUCGAGAUCCACGCGUCAAGAAAAUGGGUCAAUUCUUGGAACUGACAAACAGCAGCUGUACAACGUCAUUCAGUAAUUUAUUUAGAAACGUUGUUGCAGCUUUGGUUGAAGCAAGAGAUAUAUGCAUGUAUCUGAAGCCUCUUUUACCGCACCUGAGCCGUUUUGAUGAUAAUGAAUUUCUAGAGUGUGGGGACUAUCUCAAGCCUCUCAUGCAUUGCAUAGGUUUGAUUUGGGCUAACUCUAGGUAUUAUUCAACCAAUGAUAACAUCAUCACUAUGCUGAGAAUGAUUGCUAAUAUGCUGAUUGAAUCAGCGGAGAAAGGAUUGGAUCCAAGCAACAUUUUUCAAGGUGACGCAGAGGAAAUCCAUGGAAAAUUACACCGCAGCAUUGAGUUGUUGGAAAAAUUCCAGGAAGCCUUCGAACAAGUCAGGAAAAAUCUAUUGUCUUACUACAAGACUCCUGAAGACGGCACUUCUGCAGAUGAUGUUAUUGUUCCAAAGCCUUGGUCCUUCCAUAGAAGAAAUGUUUUUCAGAGAAUGAUCGACUUCAUUGAAAGGCUUAGAGUUGUCGAAGGAAUUUUGGGAGCCCAGUUAGAAUUCAGCAAAUUGGAGAAGGUUGAAAUAGGAGGAAUAACGGGUAGGUUACUAUCCCAGAAGUGCGAAGAGAUUUUUGAUGAAUUCAAUAAAUUUUACAAUGUAUUCAAUAAUAUCCAGUACGAGGUUUUGGACCUGAAAGAUGACAGUAUUGUUAAGGACUCAAGAAAUUUCAACGAAAAAUGUGCCGAUUUGGAUAGAAGAUUGGCUGCUAUAUUUUCUCAAGCAUUUGAUGACUGUUUCAAUCUCAGUAGCAUUUUCAAAUUUUUGAACGUAGUGGGAAAUUUAUUAAUAAGGCCAGUUAUAAGUGAUGAGUUGACUGUCAAAUUUCCAGCAAUAAUUGAUAUGUUUAAUUUGGAGCUCGACACUGUGAAAAUUCUUUUUGAUGAGGGAAAGAAAAAUGGAGUACCUUUGAACAAAAAUUUUCCCAAAGUAGCUGGAGCACUUCUCUGGCUUGAUAAACUCAGACAGAGAAUUCGGCAACCGUGUGAGGACUUUAAACUACUGGAACAUGAUAUUGUUAGCUCAGAAGAUGCCCAGUACGUUUUUACCAAAAUCGAUGAAAUGUUAAACAUAUUGGAUAAUGAACAGAAAAUAUUAUUCGAACAGUGGUGCAGCUAUGUACCAGGACAAAUAGAAAAGAGUAUGUCGAAGUUUCAGUUAGUUAAAUUAGAAAAUAAUCUACUGAAGGUGAACUUGGAUGAGGAACUGCAAGCCAUCUUGAGGGAAGUUAAAUAUAUGAAAAUGAUGGAAGUUGAAAAUAUUCCGGUGGAUGCGAAGCGGUUGUUUGAUGAAUCCGAAGGAUUACUGACUUCGAUAAUGAAAUUCAGUCGUAUUGUUGAAUGGUAUAAUUAUAUACAUACAAAUACAACUAAUUUUGAAUAUAGCCUGAUUAGUGAGGAGUUGAGCAUUAUUGACAAAUUGAUGGAAAAAGUAACUGGUUCUCUUACUUGGUACACAAAUGAACCAGCCAUAGUAGAAGACCUUUACCAAGCCGUCAAACAAAUUUGCGAGAGAGUGAAAAAGACACAGAGUAACAUCAAUAAUCUACUGAAUAAUAUCAAGGAAUGGUCUGAGAAACCUUUAUUCGAAAGGAAAGAUGGGAAAAAGGAAAAUCUACUCUGCAUCGAAGAUCGAUAUGAAAGGAUUCAACGAAGGAAAGAUCAAAUUGUGGCGUCCUCGAAAGAACUUCAGAGAGUAGUGACCGAAAAUUAUUCUCUCUUCUUCCAAGAAGAUAUUUCUGCCCUCGAACCAGAAGUACCACAAUCUAUACCUGUACCAGAACCACCCGAAGAACCGCCUCCAGAACCCAAACGUAGUGGUAAGAAGGUUAAAAAAGGUAAAGUGAAAACACCCGUGAAGUCCGAUUCGGAAACCGCUAGAGAAGAGGAAGCAGCUGCCCUUGUAGUUGAAAAAGCUAGAAAACGGGAACAAAAAAUAUCUCUUUGGGUACCGUACGUGAAAGAUUUGGACAUGCAAGUGAAAGAACUGGUGAUUAACGCCAUAGAUGUGAGUAUGUAUCUCUUCCUCUGCGAAAUGGGAGAUAUUAAACCAAACACCCCAUUUUUUGAACUAUUGAUGGAACUCCACGAGCCCGAUAUUAUGUUUGUUCCUUCCGCUGACUUGGAAGAUCCUGUAAACUUUCUGACUGUAGUAGAAGGUUUACUAGAAGACAUGUACGCGAUGAGCGGAUUCAUAGAAAGGGUUGACCCAGAACAGCAGUCUGAUAGUUUCUACGUCAUCACCAAGGAUGACUUAAUGCUUCAAAUAAAGAACGACGAAAUAUGCCAACGGAUAGCGCAUGCUAUGGAGGGUGCCUUGGAAUUCACAAAGGGGUUCGAACAAUACAUCUCGCUAUGGACCGAAGAUAGACAAGAAUUUUUGAGGCAGUUCUUGAUGUAUGGUAGGGCGUUAACUUCAGAUGAAAUGGAUAUGUUGCGGGACGAGACGCAAACUGCUAUUAAAGAACAACCACCAACUACUACUCAGUUUAAAGAACAAAUUGAUAACUACGAGGAAUUAUUAAAAAAAGUGGAACAGAUCCCUUCUGAGAAACUUCUCAUGGAUGGUUGGGUGAGGAUUGAUGUGAAACCUCUUCGACAGGCUAUAUUGAAUACGAUUUGUAAAUGGGAAAAUCUUUUCAAACAACACUUGUACAAUAAAGUUUUGGAUAGCUUGAAUGAAUUGGAAAGCUUCAUAAAGGAAGCCAUAACUGCCAUGCAAGUUCCUUUGACGGAAGAUGAUUACGAUGGGCUUUUGAAAGUGAUGGGAUACUUAUUCAAAGUUAAGGAGAGACAACUAGAGACAGAUUCAAUGUUUGAACCUUUGAAAGAAAUAAUAGAUCUGUUGAAGGAGUACGGGGUGGAAUUUUCAGAAGAGAUUCACGUUCAAUUGCAAGAGAUUCCGGAUAGAUGGAUACAGUGCAAAAAGGUUGCUGCAUCAACAAAACAAACAGUAGCCCCCCUUCAGGCUCUACAGGUGAAUGCUAUAAAACGUCGUUUAAAUCUUUUCGAAAUUUGUCAAAACAUGUACAGAGAGCAAUUCAAAAAACUCUCGUUUUUCUGGUGGUCAUGUCCGAAUAUUUAUACUCUCCUGGAUAAGACCAAUAAAGAACUUCAAGAAUUAGAAGCUGAACGCGACAAAUUACAAGAACAAGCGAAUCUCUUCGAACUCAAUCUACCUGAAUUCAAAGCCUUACGAGCCGCCAGAAAAGAAAUGAAGCAAAUCAAACAGCUUUGGGACUACGUCAACGUGGUUAGGUCCUGCAUCGAUGAAUGGAAAGAAACGCCCUGGAAAAAAAUCGAUGUGGAAAACAUGGAGAUGGAGUGCAAAAAAUUCGCGAAAGAAAUUCGGCAAAUGGAUAAGGAGUUGAAAGGUUGGGAUGUUUAUAUACAACUCGAAGCUUCCAUCAAAAAUAUGUUGACCUCUCUGAGGGCUGUAACCGAGUUGCAAAAUCCUGCGAUAAGGGAACGUCACUGGAUUCAACUGAUGCAAGCAACAAAGGUCCGUUUCGUGAUGAGCGACGAAACAACACUAAGCGAUCUUCUAGAUCUCAAUCUUCACGAAUAUGAAGACGAAGUGAAGAACAUUGUCGAUAAAUCUGUCAAAGAAAUGGCAAUGGAGAAAGUUUUGAAGGAACUGAAUGCUACAUGGAAUACAAUGGAAUUUGGUACGGACGUGCAUGAAAGAACCAAACUUCGACUUUUGGUGGUCAGCGAAGAAAUAAUAGAAACACUAGAAGAGAAUCAAGUAGCUCUCCAGAAUAUGAUGACUUCAAAGUUUAUAGACUUCUUCCUGGGGGAGGUUUCUGAAUGGCAGAAAAAAUUGUCCAAUGCUGACCAAGUGAUACAAGUAUACUUCGAAGUCCAGAGGAAAUGGAUGUAUCUCGAGAGCAUCUUCAUCGGAUCCGAAGACAUCAGGAGUCAACUUCCAGAGGAUUCAAAAAGGUUUGAUAGGAUAGAUAAAGACUUCAAGGAGGUCCUCAACGAAAUGUUGAAAACACCCAACAUCGUGAAAGCUACUAAUAAACCAGGAUUGUAUGAAAAAUUGGAAAGCAUAUUGAGCGACUUGACGCUUUGUGAGAAGGCUUUGAAUGACUAUUUGGAAACCAAGCGACUUGCCUUUCCUAGAUUUUAUUUCGUCUCAUCUGCUGACCUUCUGGAUAUCUUGUCGAAUGGAAAUCAACCAGAUUUGAUACAGAGACAUUUGACAAAACUCUUCGACUCUCUGGCUAAACUGAUAUUCAUUCAAGAGGGUGGACGUAACACAAAGAAAGCUAAGGCGAUGAUUUCUAAGGAAAAUGAAGAGGUGGUGAAUUUUGUAAACAUUUGCGACUGUGGUGGAAAAGUUGAAGCUUGGUUGAAUAGAAUUAUUGAUGCAAUGAGGGCUACUCUUCAUCAACUGUUUGGUGAAGCUGUCAUCACUUACGACGAGAAACCAAGAGAGGCGUGGAUUUAUGAUUAUCCUGCUCAACCCGCUCUUUGUGGUACGCAAAUUUGGUGGACAACUGAAGUGAAUCUGGCAUUCGGAAGACUCGAAGAGGGCUAUGAAAACGCACUGAAGGAUUACCAGAAAAAGCAAAUCAAUCAGUUGAACGCACUAAUCAAUCUCCUCCUAGGCGACCUGACAGCGGGAGAACGACAAAAAAUCAUGACCAUUUGUACGAUCGACGUCCAUUCCAGAGAUGUAGUGGCCAAAAUGAUUUUGGUGAAAGUUGAAAAUUCCCAGGCGUUCCAAUGGCAGAGUCAGUUGCGGCAUAGAUGGGAUGAAAAAGAGAAAGAUUGCUUCGCGAAUAUUUGCGAUGCUCAAUUUCGAUAUUCUUAUGAAUAUUUGGGAAAUACACCGCGAUUGGUGAUAACUCCACUCACUGACAGGUGUUACAUAACGUUGACACAGAGCCUCCACUUGAUAAUGGGAGGUGCCCCCGCAGGUCCGGCCGGCACUGGUAAGACAGAAACUACCAAGGAUUUGGGUAAAGCACUGGGAAUGAUGGUGUACGUAUUCAAUUGUUCGGAGCAGAUGGACUAUAAGUCCAUAGGGAAUAUUUACAAAGGAUUAGCACAGACAGGUUGUUGGGGAUGCUUCGACGAAUUUAACCGCAUAUCUAUUGAAGUGCUCUCUGUGGUAGCGGUACAGGUGAAAAUUAUACAGGAUGCAAUCAAAGAUAACAAGAAGAAAUUUUUAUUUUUGGGGCAAGAAAUUGGAAUGAUACCUACUAUCGGACUGUUUAUCACAAUGAAUCCCGGCUAUGCUGGAAGGACGGAACUGCCGGAAAAUUUAAAGGCUCUUUUCAGACCUUGCGCGAUGGUUGUUCCGGAUUUCGCCCUGAUAUGUGAAAUUAUGUUGGUGGCUGAAGGAUUUCUCGAGGCGAGACUUCUGGCAAGAAAAUUCAUCACUUUGUACACUUUGUGUAAGGAAUUGCUUAGCAAACAGGAUCAUUAUGAUUGGGGUUUAAGGGCCAUCAAGUCGGUGUUGGUCGUUGCGGGGUCUUUGAAACGCUCCGACAGACUGCGGCCUGAAGAUCAGGUGUUGAUGAGGGCUUUGAGAGAUUUCAAUAUACCCAAGAUCGUGACUGAUGAUGUACCGGUGAGUAUUGUUGAAAAUAUCACAUGA